ACCUGUUCGUUCAGGCCAUAGAAUUAUAUAGUAUUAGCUUCUGGCUUUCCGCGCAGAAUAUAUAAAUAGGAAGAUAUUAAAUGUUUAUUUUGCAAACGUGCAUGACGACAGCAGUUCACACGCAACGAAAAUGUUUGGGUAAUCAAAAACUGCAGACAAGAAACUAUCGAGUCAAAUCAAGAUCGGACGUUGAAUACUGUCACAUCGGAGACGGGAAAAACAUCAGGAAAGUUAAAAAGUGACAUUUUUACUUUCCAACUGAUAAGUCACAAUGUACCAAUCCCACCAGAAUGGGCAGUCUGCUCAUCUGGAACAGCAAGGUGUCAAGAUAGGAAGAGUGACAAAUCCAAAGAAAUUUCGAAAUCAAGACUUCGACUCUCUAAGGGAAAUUAACCUGAAAAACAAAGUGUUAUUUGAAGAUGAAACAUUCCCAGCAAACAUGAAUAGUAUUGGUCCAAAGCUGGAAAAAGAGUUCAAAUCAAGUACAAUAGAAUGGAAGAGGCCGAAACCAAGUGAAUAUCCUCGUCUAGUUGUGGAUGGUAUUUCUUUGUUUGACAUUAAACAAAGCAAACUGGGUGACUGCUGGGUCUUAUCUGUUCUUGGGACUCUCACCUAUAAGGAACACUUGCUGAAGAAAAUACUCCCGUUAAAUCAAGAAUUCGAUCAAUACUAUAGUGGUAUCUUCCAUUUCCGGUUCUGGAGUUUUGGUGAGUGGUGGGAUGUCGUAGUCGAUGACAGGCUGCCAUAUUUAGAUGGGGAACAUUUGUCUGCUAGACCAUCAACUGGAAAUGAAUUAUGGCCUUGCCUUUUGGAGAAAGCCUAUGCAAAGCUCCUCGGAUCAUAUCAAAAUUUGCAUUUUGGAGUACCUGCAGAAGCCUUUACAAACUUUACCGGUGGAUUGGCGAUGUCAUUUGAAUUGAAGCGUGAUAUGGAGCUGUCUGACCUGUUUCACAUGAUUAAAUGUGCGACACCAGAGACUGUCAUGACAUGCACCACGAAAAAGAAGGAUGGAUCAGAAAGAAACAGAAGUAACAGUUAUCCAACCUUGUAUAAACAUCAGAGUAUUCGGAGGGGCAGUGCACCUGUCACUGCAAUUCCUGAAAGUUUUCACCUGGGGAAUGGAUUGGUGGAAAGCCAUGCAUAUUCUAUAGUUGGCACAGCACAGGUUCAUUUUAGAAAUCAAUUGGUGAAUCUAAUUCAAAUCUGGAACCCUUGGGGCUAUGGAGAAUGGAUGGGACCUUGGAAUGACAUGUGUCCAUUUUGGAAGGAAGUGACUGAAGCAGAAAGACAGUCACUGCUCAAAACAAGGGAAGACGGAAUGUUUUAUAUGUCUUUUGAAGACUUUGUCGCACACUUUUUUAUGGUAGUGAUCUGCAGCCCUUCACCAGACUUCUUGGAUUGGGACUAUCAGCCUAAACAGUGGUACAGGCAAAGGUUUAUGGACACCUGGCCUAAAGGAAUCGUAAAUAAAAAUGAUGUUGGGCAAGAUUUGAUUUUCAAGAAUCCACAAUAUCUGAUAAAAAUAAAUGACAGUGAUGCAGUGGUGAAAGGGUUCAAUGUGGUGAUAUCGCUCAUGCAACAUCCAGCAAACCAGAAGAAGUUCUACGGUGUAUGGCCAUCAGUAUCAUAUCAAAUUAUUCCAGUGGAUUCCAAGUUUUAUAAUUCAAAAGAAAAACUGCAGAGUUCCCAGAUUCUUAAUAAAUUUCUCUCAGGAUUGGACCAGCCUACUCACCAUAAACGUGAUCUAACAUCGAAAUUCAGAUUGAAGCCGGGGACAUAUUUAAUCUAUCCAUUUGUUGAGAACACGGAAGUAGAGUUCUCGUUCCUACUGGAAAUAUUCCUGAAAAGCAAAGACUGCGCAAUUCAGCUGGGUACUCAACAGAGCGCCGAGGUUUAUAAUUCCGGACCAUUACAAGCUAAUUACUUGACAGUUGAUAACCAGCAACUAUUUAGAAAAUAUGCUUCUCAGGAAAGCAGAAUGAACGUCCAGGAUUUGCAGAGAUUUCUCAAUGAAGUGAUACUGAAAGAUUUCCCUUGCCAAGUCGUCUUCACGAAAGACUCCACUCGUUUAAUACUGAGAUCCAUGGAUCAUUCUGGAGCCGGGAGUCUUGCCGCUGAUCAGUUUUCGCGAUUAUGGCGCUAUUUGGAGAGGUUUAAGGAGAUUUUUUUUGACAUUGACACAAAUCAGUGUGGUUCUCUUAAUUCGUAUGAACUUCGAAAGGCAGUGGAAAUUGCAGGACUUAAAGUUUUAAAGGAUGAUCUCAAGCAUCUGAUUCUUCUAUUCGGAGACUCUGAGAAUAACAUACACUUUGUAGAAUAUUUAGUGUGCAUGUUACGACUGAAAGCAGUUGCAGGCGUGUUUAAAUACUUCUCAACUGAUGGAAAAGGCGUGUAUCUCAGUUAUGAGCAGUUGAUGAAAUCCAUGAUAUGAAGUCCGUGGUUCAAGAUUCAGAAACUGGAAUGAAGCCCGGAAUUUUAAAACUGUUGCUAACAUUGAAGACAUCAACCAAUUUUGACUUUCUCCAUUUAAAUGUUCAAGCAUUCUGUUCUGUUUGUCAUGGAUUGCAACUUCCCAAAACGCUGGCUAGCACUGGGUUACAAAUGAUUAAGUAGUGUCUUUAUUUUUCUGUUAAUGUUCGAGAAAGGAAUGGUCAACGGGUAACCCCGUAGUAUAGUAUAGUAUGAGAGUUCCCGUCUUGCUCCAAGCACUAAAUUCCGAUAGGUAUGUGAGAAAUUAAGAAAUUCUUUCUUGAAAUACUGGAUUUUUACUUAAAUGUGAUUCCUUUAAAAUGUGAUAAAGUAGUACAAUAGUUUGUUCUAUCAAAGCAUUAAAUGUGUUGUUGUGAUAUUUCUUUUUAUAUUUAAAUUUACAACAUGUCUUUCAGACCAAGGAUGUCCAAACUGUACAUAGGCGUUCAACUACAUUUCUUGUAGGCUUGUAGUAGCUAACUGUGUAUAGAUAAGCUCUCACAGGCCAGACCACCAUAAUGUUAUUGUUUAUGUGCUUUAAUGUUGUAAUGUUAUUAUUGGUCUGUGGUGCUUUUCUAUCAUUCUUUUAUUUAUUUUAAUAUGCAUUCUCCGGGGUGUUAGACUGUUGGGAGUUAAAGCUGGGGUUUGCAUUUACUCUUAAGUGAUGUGUUAAAAAAAAACACUUUUUAUAGU